AUGCUGGAUGUCAAAGCGAAACAGGAAACAAAGCGGCAGCAGCAGCCGGUUUUUCCUAAUGAAAAGCCACAAAAAUCUGUGAAUGAGAGAAGUACUGGGACAGCAAAGGUUCAACACCAGAAGCCAGCUCCCCAGAAUGCAGUUGUGCAUAAUCAACAUGUGAAGUCUGCUACACAACCACCUUCUUCCUUUGAUUCAGAGCUAGAGAAGUCAGGCAAAGUGGCUCAUCAUGCUUUUGCUGCUACUGUUUCGGGCAGGAAGGUGACAGAACAACCCUUCAGACACUUGAUUAAUUUGGUUCAGCUGAUAUCCCGGGAAGCAUUAAGUGCUGCCGUGGAAGAGAUUUGGUCCAUUGUCAGCUUGAGUGACCUUGCCCCUGGGGAGAUGAGGAUGAAUCAUUGGGGUGACGUAGUUUCUAGUUCCUCAUUUGAUACCAGCAUAUCAACUGCUAGGAUUGAGAUAAAUCCAGCUCUUCAAGAAGAAGUAAGAGGGAUAAAUCAGCGGCUAGUCGAGACUGAGGUGGCUAUUAUUCUAGAUGGUAAUGCAAGGACCAUAAUGAAGUGCUCGUUUAAUGCAGUCUCCAUCUCGCCAAUGCAACCAAUUGAGCCCUUGAAAUUGCUUGUCCCUGCAAACUAUCCUCAUUCCUCUCCUGUAUUCCUGGAAACUAUGCCAAUGGAUAUCAGUGGCGAGGAUGAUCUUUCUGUAAAAGCAAAGUCAAGAUUGAACCGGUGCCUGAGAAGUCUGCUUCAUCCACUGACGUUGGAGGACAUAGAGCAGAAUUGGGAUGUUUGUGCAAGACAAGUCAUUACUGAGUAUGCACUAAAGAAAGGUGGUGGGAGCUUCAGCUCACAGUACGGAACCUGGGAAACUGUAUGAAGUGAUGCUGCCUACUAAAAGGAAGAAAGCGAAACAGAAACAGGAAAAGGAGGCUUUCGUUCAGACUCAGAGUAAAUGCACAUUGGAAUUUUGAUAAUGCAGCUGCGAAAUAGGGGAUUUUGGGGUCUUUCCUAUUAUCAAUAGAUAGCACACAAUGUACAUACACAGU